GAGGAAAUAAUAGGAUUGUUUGAAAAUGACGUUAUGUCUAGUGAUCCUCAAGCGGGAAUGGAGGUCGUAAAGGAUCUGCGUAAUACCGUAAAUCAGAGCUACUUAUUUCUGAAGUCCUAUUCGAAGUCUAUCCUGGGAAACAUGGAAUCGGCAAAAAUUGGUGUUACUCUUCAAAUAGUUUAUGGAAAUGACUGCAAAAAAAUAAAUGGAGCACUACUCAUUUCCAUCCGAUGUCUUUAUCAGAAAAGACCAUACCUUUUUCUUGAUACUGAGAACGAUAUUGUUAAAGCAAGCAGAAAUAUCUUGACUGCACAAGGAAUAGCCAACACUCCAAAGUUUAAAUCUUGGGGUCCUGGAUCUACUUUGCUUCUAGCUGUAAGCGAAUUAAUAAAGACGUUACAAGCGCAAAUUAGCCAACUAGGAAAGGAUUCCACUCCAUCCUCAGCCAAAAUCGAUAAUGCCACUCUGCGGGAGGUUACAAAAGUCGGUUGGAAUGAGCUAAGAAUAAUGGAAUACCUUGGCAAAGGAAGCUACGGUACUGUCUACAAAGCAACAUAUCAGGACAAAACAGUGGCGGUCAAAGUGAUCGAGCGUCAAGUAGACCUGAAAUAUUUGGAUCGGGAGAUGCGCAUUCAGUUCGCCUGCGACCAUCCCAACAUUCUGAAACUCUACGGAGUGUCGAAGACCCCGCAUGGGGAGACCGCUUUUAUCCUCGAAUACGCCGAGACGACAUACUUCGAGCUCAUCAAGCGGGGAGUUCACUUAUCGAACCACGAGAAGUUCACGAUCAUCCGCGAACUGGCGGAUGCGUUGCUUUAUAUUCAUAGACAUGGCUUCAUUCAUCGCGAUUUGAAGGCCGAAAACAUUCUCAUUUCCAAUAAUCAUAUCAAGAUCGGCGACUUUGGGUUCGCUCGCGAGCUAAAAUCCGUGGAAAACAUCCACAUCACUCCGCUGGGAACGCCCGUGAUGUGUUCAUCAUGGAGGGUUUUGACGUGUAGCAUCGCUCCCGAACUUUUACUGGACGUGCCAGUGACAAAUAAAGUGGACGUUUAUUCUUUUGGUUCAGUGCUGAACGAGAUCAUGUCGGACAGAAUCAAUUAUUGGGAUUUGAAUGGGAUUCAUCCACAGUUUUUUCAAAUGGUGAUAAACGGAAUGCGUCCGGAGAUUGCGACGAGCACGCCCAUCGAGGUCCGAAUGCUGAUUGAGGAUUGCUGGAAGGAGAGUGCGUUCCGUCCGUCUAUGGAGAAUGUGUGGAUUCGAAUCAAUCAGUGGAAUCCCGAUUCAUGGUAG